AUGUCUACAAACACAUCACAGGCAGCUUUUGCCUACGAAGAGCCAUCUAUUGGGACGAUCCUUAAUCAGGCAGGCUUCCUUCUAGUGCUGAAUAUCGUCAAUGUCUGCCUUGAUAAGCUUCUAUACUGCGGGCUGAUCGGCCAGCUGUUCAUCGGGAUUCUCUGGGGCUCUCCAGGAGCUAAGUGGGUUGAUACUGACCUAGAACAUGUCAUUCAACAGCUAGGAUAUCUUGGUUUAAUCAUGAUAGUCUACGAAGGUGGUUUGUCAAUAUCGAUCAAAGCAUUAAAGGCCAAUAUAUUCGUGUCGAUAGCGGUGGCACUAACCGGUAUCUUGACACCAAUCGCUCUGUCAUUUGUGCUGAAAGAGCUUGUAUCUGCAAGUUCGCUCCAGGCUUUCGCUGCCGGUGUUGCCCUCAGCGCAACCAGUCUUGGCACUACAUUCACUAUCCUGUCAACUACCAACUUGAUCUCUACACGACUCGGGACAGUGACUACCUGCGCUGCAAUGCUUGAUGAUGUCGUUGGUCUAGUUCUGGUACAAGUAAUUGCAAAUCUGGAUGGAAGCAACACUUCAUUUAACCCUAUUACUGUCAUUCGACCAGUUUUUGUAUCCAUUGGGUUCGGAGUUGGAGUAUUUGUUUUGUGCUCCUUUUGCUUGAAGUCUAUAUUGCAGGCUAUCAUGACAAAGGAAAACAAGUUUCCAGAAUUCAUGAAGACCCCCCAGUUUGCCUUCUCGGCUCACACAGUCAUUCUUGUGGGAAUGGUUGCUAGCGCCACAUAUGCCGGUACAUCAAGUUUAUUCGCUGCCUACCUUGGUGGAGUGAUCGUGAAAUGGUUUGAUGAAUACUAUGCGGAGUUGAAAACAAAGCAGACGAGCUCAAGAUCCGGUUCGCCACAAUCCAUCAUGGAUCAAAGUCACGCUAAUUCUCAAGAAUGGAAUGCUCAAGCGGGAGAGCAGCGUCCAUGUGAGCAUACUUCGUCAAACUCAUCGCUGCCAAUGCACAGUAAGGACCAUAAGGUUCAUACAGGUGAAGUAAUCUAUGAAAAGUACUAUAAAGGUCCAGUUGACCGUAUCCUGAUUCCCUUCUUCUUUGCAUCCAUUGGUUUUGCCAUUCCUAUCACUGAAAUGUUCAGAGGGAACAUAGUCUGGCGUGGCGUAGUCUAUGCCAUCUUGAUGGUUUUCGGAAAAAUGGUUACUGGCCUAUGGCUGAUGCGUUUUUCAACCAGUCCAGUGGGUUGCUUGAUCCACAUUUCAAAGAAAGUGUUUUCAUACAUUAGUUUGGCGUGCACCGGAAACAUGGCAAAGUCAAAGAAAAAGCAAGGGACUUUGCAUUCUGAAAAUAAGACCACUCGUCGAAAGAGUACGGCUAUUGCCAAUCCGGGCCAGGUCAACGCUUCAAGCUCAUCUGCCGAACAUGUACAGUCGUUGACCCGUGCUAGCAUCGCAGAGAAAGCAAAAUUUUCCCCUCUGCGGAAUGAAUCAACGCUCAGAUCGGGUGGUCGAGUCUCACUUCCCCCAAAGCCAAAAUCUCUCUACCCUCCGGCAAUCAUCGGACUAGCAAUGAUAGCGCGUGGAGAGAUAGGAUACUUGAUUGCGGCGCUUGCACAGAGCCGAGGAAUCUUCUCCAGUAGUACUGACGGCGAAUCUUCAGAUGCUUACUUGGUCAUUAUAUGGGCCAUAUCCUUAUGUACUUUGAUCGGUCCGAUUGCUGUUGGUACACUGACUCGCCGAGUGAAAAGGCUCCAACAGAUUAGAGUUAAUACUGGGGGCGAGGAUCCUUUGGGUGUUUGGGGUAUUUGA